AGUGAAAUUUCACCUACUUUUUUUUCUGUUUUUUUUUGCUUUUUUUGGCUGUCACUAUCUCGCUUUGGUGCAUAUUGUGUAUAAAACGAGCAGCAUAGCCAGGGAGUACAGUUAGAAAGGAAGAUGCGGUUCAGCGGCCACAACCGUUAUCCCUGCUCGACGGCGACAGCGGCGCUGGCACUCUGCGUUUGCUUAGCACUUGGCGCAGGACCGUCGCAGGGCGACGACAGCGCCGAGGCGAUCGGCAGUGGCAGCAGAAAGUGGCUCUGCAGCCAAACGGACAUCUGUACGUCCGAGGAUGAUAUGGAGGAUGGGGCGCAGUAUCUGGAGGAGCGAUUCGAGAGCCAAAGGGACUGCCGGCUGUCGUGCGGCAAGUAUGGAUCCAUCUGGCCGAUGCCGACGGGGGAGGAGUGCAGCCUGUCGCACGAGCGGGUGCACUUUGAUCCGUGGAAGGUGCGCUUCCAUGUGGUGGCCCCCAGCGAGGUGACCACGCAGUUCCUGCGCGAGACGAACCGCCUGUUUGUGAGCAAUCUGCUCAAGGAGUGCACCCGCAACUGCACAUUGGCCAGCAGCAAGCAGAUCCUCGUGCGGGCCACUGUGAGCAGUGACAGCCUCGUCCUUGAUUGGCGCACGGACGAGAGCUACUCGAUGGUGCUCCGCACCACGGAGACGGCCACCUUCGUGGACAUCCAGGCGGCGACAGUGUACGGAGCGAGGCACUCCUUCGAGACGCUCAGCAACCUGGUGGCGGGGAGCGUGACCAACGGCCUGCUCCUCGUUAGCGCCGCCCGCAUCUCCGAUCGUCCCGCCUUCCCGCAUCGCGGCGUGCUCCUGGACACCUCGCGCAACUUCAUACCGCUGCGGUAUCUGCGCAGCACCCUCGACGCCAUGGCCGCCUCCAAGAUGAACGUCCUCCAUUGGCAUGUGGUGGACACGCACAGCUUCCCGCUUGAGAUCACCCGUGUGCCGGAGAUGCAGCGCUACGGCGCCUACUCCGCCUCGCAGACCUACUCCCGCACGGAUUCCGUCAAUCUGGUGAAGUAUGCCCGCCUCCGGGGCAUCCGCAUCCUCAUUGAGAUCGAUGGGCCCUCGCACGCGGGCAACGGGUGGCAGUGGGGCCCGGCGGCGGGCCUGGGUAACAUGUCCGUGUGCCUGAAUCAGUCGCCCUGGCGGCGCUUCUGCGUGCAGCCGCCGUGCGGUCAGCUGAACCCCCUGAACGAUCACAUGUACGCGGUGCUGAAGGAGAUCCUCGAGGAUGUGGCCGAGAUGGGGGCACCAGAGGAGACCGUGCACAUGGGCGGCGACGAGGUGUUUCUCCCGUGCUGGAACAACACGGAGGAGAUCGUGACGAAGAUGCGGGCCCAGGGCUACGAUCUCAGCGAGCAGAGCUUCCUCCGGCUGUGGUCGCAGUUCCAUCAGCGGAAUCUGAACGCCUGGGACGACAUCAACGAGCGCAUGUAUCCCAACAUCAAAGAGCCCAAGCCAGUGAUCCUCUGGUCCAGCCACCUGACCGUUCCGAAAUACAUUGAGACCUUCCUGCCCAAGGAGCGGUUCAUCAUCCAGACGUGGGUCGACUCCCAGGACCCCCUCAACCGGGACCUGCUGCAACGCGGCUACCGCCUGAUUGUUUCCACCAAGAACGCCUGGUAUCUGGACCACGGCUUCUGGGGCAGCACCAGCUACUACAACUGGCGCACAGUCUACGCCAGCGGCAUGCCGAUGGGCAAUCACGGGAACCAGGUCCUCGGCGGCGAGGUGUGCAUGUGGAGCGAGUUUGUCGAUCACAACUCCUUGGAGUCCCGCAUCUGGCCACGAGCUGGUGCGGCCGCCGAACGCCUCUGGUCGAAUCCAAAGUCCUCGGCUCUGGUCGCCCAGCGCCGCUUCUAUCGCUAUCGAGAGCGCCUCCUGGCACGUGGCAUCCAUGCGGACGCCGUCAUCCCACGGUGGUGUGUCCUACAUGAGGGGAGGUGUCUCUAGACAGAGGUCCGGACAUGGCCGAACAGCACUGUGUAUAUAUGUUUUCAGUCUACUAUCAGUUAUGUUAUCUCCAUCGUUAAUUAUCCAUACAACAACAAAAUUCAUUAUUAUCUAACAAGAA